CCAAUCUUUGGAGAGAGAAACAGAAAUCUUGCGAGAGAAAGAUCUUGAGACAGAGAGAAAAACAUGCUACGAUUCUUAAAAUCUUUGUCGAGAACAGUGCAUGAAGAGCGAUAUCAAGAUCCAGAACCAUCGAAUGGCGGUGGUGAUGAUGGAAGCCACGGUGGCGAUGAUGAUGGUGGUUGUGGGCCGACGAGUUUAACGGUGUGGAGGAAGUCAUUGUUCAUAGGUUGUAGUGGGUUCACGGUAAUAAACUCCGACGGUGACUUGGUAUAUAGAGUUGAUAAUUACGGCUGCCGCCGGCAACAAGAAGUCGUUCUCAUGGAUGCUUCCGGGAAACCCAUGUUCACUGUUUCCCGUAGCAAGGUAUUCGAAGGUGAAAUAUUAUCGAAGAAACAAAAACCAAUAUGUUGUGCAAGAAAACAUGUUGAUAUUCUACGUCCGAAGGUAAAGAUAUUAGCUCAAGUUUAUCCAACACCAUAUGAUGAGAAGACAGGAGGGUAUGUGAUUGAGGGAUCAUACGUGAACAGAUCAUGCAAAGUUCUUGAUGAAUCAAGAAAUGUAUUGGCUGAGAUUAGAAGGAAAGAAACUACCACAAAAGGUGUUUCUUUGGGGCUUGAAGUUUUCGUGUUGGUUGUAAAUCGAGGGUUUGAUUCUGGUUUAGCAAUGGGUAUAGUUUUGUUAUUAGAUCAAAUGUCACUUUGACCAUUGUAACAAUAUAAUAUUGUGUUAUAUGUGAGAUUAAGUAAAUCCAGGGUAGCGAGUUGAAUCAGUGGCGAAUCUAGAAUUGUCGGUACUACCAGCUGGUUUAUCGGACAACAAAGAAAAAAUCAGGCUAUGUAAAACAUAUAUGUUAUGUGUCAAAUCUGACUGAGAGGACGAAUCCAUACAUUUUUCAUUGGAGGAACUACAAAUUGUCGGACAAGAGUUUCAUUUGGUAUAGAAUCUAGGUUAUGUUAAAGAUAUUGUAAGUCUCAUAUUUGACUGAGACACCCCUCAUACCGCAUUUUAUUGGUACUAG